CGAGUAAUGAUGCUGAUAACGUGCCAAUUGCUCUGUACGUUCCCGGUUAGACAUCUCAUGGUUCAAUCUUAGUUCAAUCGCACCCAAUCCGAUGUGCAAAUAACACUUCAUAUCUCGGUGACUGAUAAACCAAUGGGAUUGAAAAUAUUCCAAGUGAUAGUGAUUAAAUCUCAACACCACCGAUUAAUCCACAUAUUAAAAAAGAAUGGAAGAAAAGCAUCAGUUCGAGUUCAAUUGAGAUAUCGGAAGCACUUAAUCAAUCGAUCGUGACGAGUGCAACUGACGAAUAGAAACGAGAGUCAAAAUAGUGUGUGAUUUAAGAAAAGAAGAGAUUUCUAAUUAAAAUGAAAGACAGUGAGAAUGAAAAUGACUUGUCGAUCAAACAGACGUUGAAGAAGAUGCCAGAAGAUGUUGAAGAGCGCAUGCAGAAAUUGCGAGAUGCUCUCGAUGAAAUCAGCGAUCGACUCAACACAGCGGUGACAGAAGCGGUAGAGGGAAUCGAAAAAAUAGCAAAAACACCAAUUGCUGAAGAUAAAUCGGCAAAUGCCUUGCGUUCGGACAAAAAGAUAAUGCAUGAGCAUGGAAAGCUACCAGAAAAGCACUUCCAAACGAGAAAUUCACUGCUGACGGAUCUUUUUGAUGAAGCCAAACAUUUAAGAGCGGUCUAUAAUAUUUGGGCAGCAACACUAUUUCUGUUAUUCUUGCAUACGAUUUCCCACGAUCUCAUUGAGACUGGCACUGUGAAAUUUGGAUUCGCUACGAUAUUCAGUGGUUUCGAUGACUUCCCGCAGGUCAUCAAGAUCUGGCUUCUGAUGGCACUGUCUUCAUUCGCUGUUUAUCCAGUUCACAGCUUCUGGGCACAUAAACGACUAGAUUAUAAACCAAAUUCAAUGAGAAUAUGGGACAACCUAUGGUUAUUGAUAAUAAUUGCUUAUCAGUUUGCCUUUCUAUAUUUUCCAGCUAAAGCUGUGUCGUCAGCGAGAUUUCCACCUCCUUCUGCUCUUAUUAUUACGAUGGAACAGGUUCGAUUGAUGAUGAAGACACAUGCCUUUGUGAGAACCACGAGUUCCAGGGUGAUCUAUCAUAAACCUCACACAGAGGGAAGGGAAAUUAAUUACCCGGGAUUCUCCCAGUUCCUGUAUUUCAUGUUUGCACCGACACUCGUUUAUCGAGAUAAUUACCCAAGAACAAAGAUUAUCAGGUGGAACUUCGUGAUUUCUCAGUUCAUGGAAGUCAUCUCUGUCAUGUUUUUUAUUGCAUUUUUGUACGAACGAUUUAUUUCUCCAACCUAUGGUAAUUACGGGAGGGAACCAAUUACGGUGCAUAAUUUUGUACCCAAACUAUUUAGCUCCAUGCUCCCGGGAAUGGGAAUGUACAUGUGCGGAUUUUAUUGUCUUCUUCAUGCCUGGUUUAAUGCUUGGGCAGAACUCCUCAGGUUCGGCGAUAGACUCUUUUAUAGGGACUGGUGGACUGCCACAUCCUUUGAUGCUUUCUACAGGAACUGGAAUAUCGUCGUUCAUGAUUGGCUUUACACUUAUCUCUACAAAGAUUUCUACGAAAUUAUUGUUCCUGGGAAUAAACAUGUUGCCACUUGCGCGGUGUUCGUAAUUUCCGCAGUAUUCCACGAGUACAUCCUCAGCGUCUCUUUUAGAUUAUUCCACCCAAUGCUCUUUCUGUUAUUUGGAGGCGUCGGAUAUCCCCUCGUCUAUAUAACUAGAAAAACAUCUACAAAUUUUGGAAAUCUCUUUCUCUGGCUGCUGCUCUCAUUUGGUAAUGGGUUACUCCUUACUUUUUACUCAAUGGAAUAUUUUGCUCGAUUGAAUUGCCGAGGAUAUGGAGAUGAAUUUUUGGACGCUAUUAUGCCGAGAAGUUUUUUGUGCAAUACUACCACAGCUUCCAAUUCAUCGUUUGUUGAGUAAUUAUAAAAAAUUGAUAAUUAAAAUAAAAAUAUGUGUAUAUUUCGGGAU